AUUAUAUUUGUGUGUAAAGAAUGGCUUGAAGCUGGGAAGUUGCAGAGAGUAGUGUUAGUCAUAAUGAGCAAAGCCACUGGUGAAGUACUGGAGAGGUGGAAUUUUCGUAUUGAGACUGAUACUGAAGUUGUUGACAAAGGUGUGGCGAGGGAGAAAAGUGAUAAGGAGAUCAUGAGGGAGAUUCAAGCUAUCAUGAGACAGGUUGCUUCCAGCGUUACUUACUUGCCUUGUCUUGAUGAAACUUGCGUGUUUGAUGUAUUGGCAUAUACGGACACGGAUGUUGCUGUUCCAUUCACCUGGGUCGACAGCGACCCCAAGCUUAUCGCUAACCCACAGAUGGUUAAGUUACACGGUUUUGAUACCAAGAUUCACAAGGUCGACACCCUCGUCUCAUACAAGAAUGACGAAUGGGAUGAAGAAGAGUAGUUAACAGAAGCCAGGACACACGUAUGCAAGGCUCUUUGUCUGUUAAGCUUGCGUUUAUCUCUCUGGGAGUUCUCAAUGCUCACACCUAUGUGAAUCCUUUAUUCACACCUAUGUCGUUUUCUCUUCUCUUCUUUCUGGAAUUGUAUGAGAAUCCUGUACCUGUGUUGUGUUUUGUUCAAAAGUUGUCAGCUUUUUCAUUGUCCUUGUUCCUUUGCAUUGAACCAUUUUGUUUACCAAUCAAUCUUGAUGGUUCUUGAUA